UCAACAAUACAAUUUAAUUUCAGACUAAGAAAAAUUAUUAAGAUGGUAAAAACUUCAUGUUGUAGUAAACUAAAUGUGAGGAAGGGAGCUUGGGUAGAAGAGAAGGAUGCUACAAAUUUCGCGUAUUUACCAAAGCAAGGGGGUGCAAAUUGGAGUUCUGUUCCAAGAAAAACAGGUACAAAAAGAUGUGGGAAGAAUUGCAGAUUAAGAUGGAAUAAUUACAUGAGGCCUGAUUUAAGUCAUGAAGGUUUUACUCAACAAGAAGAGGAGCGUAUUAUCAAGCUUCAUGCAGCUGUUGGUAGCAGGUGGGGUUUAAUAGCACAUCAACUACCAGGAAGAACAGAAAAUGACAUAAAGAUCCACUGGAAUACCAAGUUAAGGAAGAAGCUCACUGAAAUGGGGAUUGAUCCCAUUACUCAUAAACCUUUCUCCCAAAUCCUUGCGGACUAUGGUAACAUCGGUGGUGUCUCUAGGUCAUUCGACACCCCGAAAUACAUAGGGACUAUAAGAAGGGACUUGAAGAAAGUUACCACCACAUUUUCGCUUCCAAAACCGGAAUCUUCCUCUUCGCCUUCAAACACUUUCCUCUCAGACUCACAAGUAUCCCAAAAUAUGUCAUCUAUGCAAAACAACUAUGCUAACUAUAGUAAUAGUAGUCACUCAUUAGACCUUUUAUCUCAACUACAAGCCAUAAGCCUUGUUACUGAAGGACCAGUUUCUGAUACUACUUUACUACUCAAUAAUAACAACUAUGAUUUCUUCAGCCUACCUUCACCUAAAUCAUCAUCAAAUUCGUCAACAUCAGCUUGUUCAUCAAUCACUAAUUAUGCAGGGCAGGAGACUAAUGCUUCAGAGUGUUUUAGUUGGCACGAAUUUCUCCUAGAGGACGCGUUCAAACCAGCUCAAAAUCAGGCACAAGAGCAAGAAACCAAGUUAAAUGAUAUUGGCUCCGGUUUUUCUCCUAUGAAAUCGUAUAAUCGUAAUGCAAACCAAGUUGCUUCUCUGCCAUUAUCAACAUCUUCGGAUGCUUCGUCGUUUUUAGAGGCUAUGCUGGAUCAAGAAAAUGACAUGUUCUUGAGCUUUCCGGGGCUUAUGGAGGAACCUUUAUACUAGUUAUUGAUUUUUAUAUAUUCCUAGAGUAAGAAUUCAGGAAAUAACAUACAUUAUUAUUCGUUAAUGUCUUAAUUGGUGACUAU